UUCCCGGGUUAGGGGAAGGGGACCCGGAGUUCCGAGUUUGGAACCAGUGGCGCCCGACGUCAGGGCUGCUGCGAGGAUGCGAAGGCUAAGCCUGGCGUGGCUCCUGGGAGGCGUCAUCCUUCUGGCGGCCUCGGUCUCCUGCAACCGGACCUUCCAAGGACCCAAUAGUAAAGGAAGAAGUUUAAUCGGCAGAUUGAACACCCCCCCUCCAGACUCUAGGAAAGGGGUUACAGUAGAGCCCGGCUUUUCCAUUGAUGAGUUCUCCACAUCCGUCCUCACUGGGAAGCUGACUACUGUCUUUCUUCCGGUCAUCUACAUCAUUGUAUUUGUGAUUGGUUUGCCCAGCAAUGGCAUGGCCCUCUGGGUUUUUCUUUUCCGGACCAAGAAAAAACACCCUGCUGUGAUAUACAUGGCCAAUCUGGCUCUGGCCGACCUCCUCUCUGUCAUCUGGUUCCCCCUGAAGAUUGCCUACCACCUGCAUGGCAACAACUGGACCUAUGGGGAUGCCCUUUGCAAGGUGCUGAUUGGCUUUUUCUAUGGCAACAUGUACUGCUCCAUCCUCUUCAUGACUUGCCUCAGCGUGCAGAGGUACUGGGUGAUAGUAAACCCCAUGGGACACUCCAGGAAGAGGGCAAACAUUGCCGUUGGUCUCUCCCUGGCAAUCUGGCUCCUGAUUUUUCUGGUCACCAUCCCCUUGUAUGUCAUGGACCAGACCGUCUAUAUUCCAGCCCUGAACAUCACCACCUGCCAUGAUGUGCUACCUGAGGAGGUAUUGGUGGGGGACAUGUUCAAUUACUUCCUCUCCCUGGCCAUUGGAGUCUUUCUGUUCCCAGCCUUACUUACUGCCUCUGCCUACGUACUCAUGAUCAAAACCCUCCGUUCUUCCGCCAUGGAUGAGCACUCAGAGAAGAAAAGGCGGAGGGCUAUCCGACUCAUCAUCACUGUCCUGGCCAUGUACUUCAUCUGCUUCGCUCCUAGCAACCUCCUGCUGGUCGUGCACUAUUUCCUCAUUAAAAGCCGGGGCCAGAGCCACGUCUACGCCCUGUACCUGGUCGCCCUCUGCCUCUCGACCCUCAACAGCUGCAUCGACCCCUUUGUCUACUACUUUGUAUCCCAAGAUUUCAGGGAUCAGGCAAAAAACGCGCUCCUCUGUCGAAGCGUCCGCACCGUCAACCGCAUGCAAGUCUCCCUCACCUCCAGCAAGUUCUCCAGGAAAUCCAGCUCUUACGCUUCUAGUUCAACCAGCGUUAAAACCUCCUAUUGAGCGGCAUCUGAGGAUGGCGAGCCUGCUUCAUGGUGCGUGUGCGAGGGGCGGGGAUGCCGUGACAUGGGGCUGUUGUUUUCUAACCAUGCUGGUCUCAGCACUGACCACAAGCAUGGGUGCCAGUAUCAGAAUUCUGCUCCUCUGAUGGAUGUCCCGGAAACUCAACGACCCGAGAGAAAACUACUUUGUGGGAGUGAUGAAAUCCAGCUACACCCAGGAGUUAAACCCGGCAAGAAGACUAAGUUUCUACCUGAAACAAUUUCUUCUCCAUCUGGGGCCGGAGACCCUCAUACAGCUCCAGGCUGGUUGACUGACUUUUCCCAUGCAAUGUGGAGACUGUGACUGAGUUCUAACCCGCCACAGUGAGCUUGCUCUGAACAGCAGAAUCCAGAUGUCCAGUGGUUACAUUCUUGCUUCAUUUCAUCAGAGCCCCCGAGGAUCUUGUUCAGCAUGCAGGUCCCUCAGCUUCAGUAACCAGAGCUCAGAUAGGAGGUGGCGGCCGUGAUAUCUACAAACCUUAGUGAUGUUUACCUGCACAGAACCAUGGAGCCGAGUGCUGCUUCUGCUCACUGGGGCAGUGAUGUUUGAAAAGAAAAACCAAUAUUUGCCUGUUGGUUUAUUGAAAUUUUCAGUUCCUUUAUUAUUCCUUUGUAGCUUUGUAUGUCUUAUUAGUCAAGAAAAAGAGAAUGAGGAUAGUAAACAUGUAAAUACAAAUUUUGUAUAAUUUUUUUUACUUACAUCAUUGUGGGUAAUGGAAUAUUUUACAAAUAGCAUUGACCACGUAGUAUUUUUUUAAGUCACUUUUAAAAAUUGUAUCAUGCGAACAGUUUUCAUGAUAACGCCUCAUCAUAGCCUCAGUUCCUCUCCUGCUCAAUCAUGUUCACUCCCCCCACACCUCCUUUUCCU